GUGUUCGUGGGGACCACCCGCCUGCAGUUCGGCUCCGAGAGGAAGGCGCACGCCUUCUGCCAGGAGCUCGCCACGAAGAUCGCCAGCGACCUGGCGGUCACGAAGUGGGACGCGUCGGCCCUGGGCGAGUUCUACCAGCAGAAGAACCCAGACGUCCAGACAUUCAUCGCCCAGACCGCAAAGCUCACCUCUCCCGAGGGGUGGACCAGGGGCACGAAGAGGGUGCUCGUCGUGGUCAUGGACUGGAAGGAGGGUGACCAGUCGCUCGCGCCGUACUCGAAGCAGGAGUCGAACCCGGUCUCCCACUACCGGAACAAGAUCUUCCCGGCUGUAGACGAGCACUUCAGGAAGAUGUCGUACGGACAGUUCGGCAUCGACGUCACGGUCGUGCCCAAGGUGGUCCGGUACACCCGCGACCGGAACCGGUACACCACGUCGGACCUCCCCUUCCCCGGGCUCUACAACGCGGCGAAGGAGUCCAUGGAGGGCUCGAUCAGCGGCUACAGCUUCGACAGCUACGAUCUUGUCUACGUGAUCGCCCCACAGGUGAGGCCGACGGGCACCAAGGGCGUGGCCUACGUGGGGCAGAAGGGCGCCAUGUGCAACGGCUGCGAGACGCUCUCCGACAACUUCAAGGUCAUGGUGGCGGUCCACGAGCUGGGACACAACCUCGGGCUGUUCCAUGCGUCCUCCACCGCCCUCGAGUACGGGAACGUGUUCGACUGGAUGGGGAACUACCCCGAUGCCCGCGUGCCGUGCUGGCCCGAGGGGGGCGGCUGCCGCGCGGGCGCCUCCGAGGGGGCCCGCAAGAAGGUGUACGCCUUCCGCAGGGGCGUCCGCCGCACCGUCGACAAGGCGGCGGCGGCGGCGGCAGCGGCGGCGGCGGCGCUUGGGCGCGCCCACAACCGCAGGCAGCUCCGGGUCGGCGACGUGGUCGACGUCGGCGAGGGCGGGGGCCUCCGGAGACGGAAGCCGCGGGAGUGGCACAUGGACCUCGCGCAGGCCCGUCGGAAGAGCGCCCUGGGCCACACCAGGCGGAGUGCAGAACUCGUCAGCGCAGUGGCCCGGGUUACCCAGACAGCCGCGCAGCAGGCUGUGACGCGUCGCUUCUCGGAGGCGAAGGCCUGUGGCGUCUCCGGCGCCCUGGAACUUCUGGCUCAGCAGUUGCAGCUGGCAUGGGCAUUUAAGGACGGUACGCUUGAGAAGGUUGAUAUUCCAGUGCCGCCUUUGUUUCUGGAAAAUGCUACCGCCUCUACGCUCUGCAGUGCAGUUGAUCGAGCCGUCCCUGCGCUGGGAUUCGAUCAAGUACCUGUUAUUGCAAAGACUGUGCCUUACGUGUUCUUGUCUUCCAUGCCGGACGCGGCGAAGUCCAACCAGAAGGGAGCCGCGGAGACCCAGAGCAAGAUAGAGAAGGUGAUGACCUACUUCAACGGGGACAUCCGGCAACGCCGGAUAGUCCACUUCGAACGAUUGACAGAUUGCAUUACGCCUCACAUGAGCCCCAUUGUGCACACGCAGGCUGAGAUUCUCAAGAUGGUAAUGUCAGAUGCCAGCGAGACCCCGUUGCGUUUAUUGUGGUACCACUUCGAUCUGGAUCCCCCACUUCUUGAGAAGGCCAAAGCGCAGUCCCUGAAAGUUCUUGUUUCAGCGUACGCUCAACAUUACUGGCGUUUUACUGUUCCCCUCAACGAUGUAGCAUUCGAAGUGAUGCGUUUCGCCGCUGGCCCCGAGUGUAAACGGAAGAUGGCGUGCCACAAGUUGUUCAAUACGAAUAUUUGUUGCCUGGAGGUUAGGCUUGGUCGCAAACUCCGAGGUCUCUGGGAUUCAGCCGACGCUAUGCUUCUGGAUUCAGAUUUCUGGGUUGCGCUGCGUAUGUUCAGCCGCAGCGCACUCUUGUGCAACAUGCAGAUAGAGCGCCUCCUGGCUCAGGUCAAGACGUCCAUCCGGCAUGCGAACCCCAUCCUCGAACGUGUAUAUGGAAAUGGGAUGCUCGCUAGAUGUCUCGGACUGCACCUCGAUGCUGGAGGACAGGACCCGCGUCUUGAUACAGAGGAGAGCAGCAGACGUUUAGGCGUCGAGUUGAUGCGGUUCGAGCGCGAGAAGAAGAAGGUCAGGACGUGCACCAAGCCUCAGUCCGCCGUCUUGUUGUACAUCAACGAGAAGGUUAGUGAUAUACGCAGGUCCACUGGCAUGUCUUACCGCGAGGCCCGACGCCGAGCAGCUGAGGACUUUCGGGCCGAGCCUCAGAGCGUCAGGGUUGCCUACCAGAACCGCGUCAACGAGAAGUACCUUGUCAGACAAGGGCAGCUCAUGGAACGUGACGAUGAAGCAGACGCUGAACACGAUAGUUUCACGCCCACGAUGGGGGGCAUCUCCUGCUACGACUUGCCUGUCGACCCGUCCGUGUUUGCAGCUGCCACUGGCCGCCCCCGGGAAGCCACUUUCAAGUCAUGGGGGCAGUGUUCCAGGGAAGCUUUCCAACAGCAGUGUUUUCAGAAAGACGAGGGCAGGAUCCCCGCUGGCGCUCGCGUCAAGAUCGAGCGCGCCUGCUUCCAGAAGCACUUCGGGGUGUGCGAGUUUGACGACAGUGGCAAGCACGACGUCAUCAUGACAUCUGGCAUUGCACUUUGGAAGUUCGUCUGGGACAAUGGGUUGGUCGGGUCGUGGGUGCACGCGUGGCUUGCCGACGGCGCGCGGACUGUCGACGGCGACGUGUCCUUGACGCUGAACUCCUCCCAGGAGUUCAACGUUUACAACCAGCACUCCCUGGUCAAGAAGCUGGUCGAGAACGUUGUGCCCCAGGACUCGCACUCCCUGUGCGCGUGCAAGGUGCUGACCGAGUUCCUCCCGGGGGAUUCGAGCAUCGGCGUCAAGCGCGCGGUGGGGAAGGGCGAGACGGUCACCUUGAUCGAGGGUCUUCUGAAGGCCGGCCCAUCCCUCGUCACUGCCCCCAUGUCCGUUCUGUCUUGUCAGGGUGGUGGGCUCGAUUUGUGGGCCCUUGAGGGUAAGCCCCCUCCACGACCAGAAGACACCGCGUCGCUUGGCGACAUGUGCGAGCCUGGCAGCAAGCAGGCCAGACUCUUCGAGUUAUUCCAUGCGAGCUUCAGGAAUAUCGGAGCUGGUCUGACAGGCAGCGCGCUUGCUGGUGGCUCUGAGGAGUUCUUAAGCGAGUUGCCGGAGCUAUCUGAUGGAGACAAGUCAUUUCACAGCGACGGUUGUGAGGACGCUGCAGGCGUGGCAUCCCCACAGGGUCGGUGCGCCGGAUGA